GGGGACGCGGGACUCGGAGCGUGGCCGGCGGGGACUGCGGGCGCACCGCUGGCAGCGGCGGGGAGACAUGUUGGCGGCAGCGGCCCGGGGGCUCCGCGGAGCCCGGCUGAGUUCUUGGCUGCCCCAGACGGUUCCGUUCCGAGGAAGUCACUGGCAGACUUCCCUGCUGGCGUUCAGGGCAUCUCUCCCCAUGAGAGCACAACCAAUGAAGAAGAAGAAGAAAGUGGAUGUAAAGAGAGAGCAAGCACAGAAGGAUCGCCUGAAAAAGAAGAUUAAAAAGUUGGAAAAAGCUGCCCCAGAAAUGAUUCCAAUUGAGGAUUUUAUAACACCACUUAAGUACUCAGAGAGCAACAGGGUGCGAAGUCUUCCCCCUCUGUCGUUUGAGGAGACUGAAAGAAGAGUUUUACUUCUGAAAAAGUGGUGUUUGUUUAAGCAGAAACAAGAUAAGGCAGAAAAGAAAGCAAUUCAGACCCUUGUAGAAGCUCAGCAAGAGGCACUAAAGGAACUGCGCCUUGAAUCCGAGGAGUUGUAUCAGGCAGCAAUCAGACGAGAUGAGGGGCUUUUACCCUUUGAGAGAGAUGGACCUAAUUAUACCCCACCACUUCCUGGUUACGAUCCCCCCGAAGGAAAGUGCAUUGAUAUCACCAAAGUGUAUACGCAGUGAUGGAGGAGUUUGUCAUUCAUCUGGCAUGAGCUACUCAGCCAACUGAAGGAGGAAAGAAUGGAAUAAAAAUAAACAAUUCCUUCUGCAGGUUAAAAUACUGUAGGUGUGUGACUGUAAAAAAACAUAUUAAUGAAGUAUCUGUUUGUUUGGGUCUUUUAAACGGCUAUCCAGGUAGUGAGACACCCAAUGAAACUACACUACCUUACACUUGCGCCAUGCUAGAACAAGACAAAGAAGUAGUAUUUCAUCUUUCUGGGCUUAUAUCUCCUACCACUCCACACACUCCUGAGCAGCAUUUUCUUGUUCUGCAUAAACCGUAACUUGGAAGAUUCCUAUCCUAUGAGGAAAGAACGUCACAGUCAUCACAUCAGAGUCUGUACUAUAAGGGAGGUAGCAGCUGACCAUUUACUGCCUUUCUUUUCAGACUUCAGUGAAGUACUUUUGCAUCUAAGAGGGAAAACAGAUGGAAAACAUACUGUGACAAAGCCAAAAUUAAGUUGGUUUUUUUUAUAGGCCAUGUAAAUGUUCUAACUUAUAACUAAGUUUCUAAGGGUUUGCCCUAUAACAAAACAGAUCUCUCUCCAUUCGUUUAAACCUUUAUUUUUCAGUAAUUUUGAAUACUGCCAUUAACGUACACCACCGUUCGAGAGCAGUUCCACAAAGGGGCAGGGUUGCAGUUUCAGGGUCUGCAACAUCAGCCCACCAGGUGUGAAAAAGCUCUUAACCCAUCAUGAAUCUGGGAACUGCCUUUAAGUGCCAGUGGUUGUGAUUGUCCUGAACGGGCAAGGAGGAGUCCUAGCUUGCUUUUGUCUUCCCAUCUGGGAGGCCUGGGGUGGAUACCUUGUUCC